AUGGAGAAGUUCAGAGCGGAGAGACAGAGCAUGGAGGAGUUAGAUAGCAUUUCUGUCUCUCUUGCAAGUGUGAGACAGUUCUUCAGCCUGGCGGCUUCAGUUGUUACUUCUGGGAUUGGUAAGGCCACUGCAUUUGCUCUUGCAGAGAAGGGCUUCUAUGUCGUUCUUGUUGGAAGGUCUCCUCAGCUUCUUUCAGAGACUUUGGAAGAUAUAAAGAGCAUGAAAAAAGAUGCACAACUCAAAUCUUUCGUAGUUGACAUGUCUUAUUUUUCAUCAAUCUUCAAUUUUAAAGACUCUCUAAAGCAAUGGCUCUCGGACGAAAAGUUACAUCCUUCACUUCAGCUUUUAGUGAACAAUGCUGGGAUGAUGGCUAUUUCUAGUCGACCAACCACUGAAGGUUAUGACAGGACCAUGGCUACAAACUAUAUUGGUCCAUUCACUAUGACAAAACUUCUUUUACCACUUCUGAAAAACAGCUCUGUGCCAUCACGGGUCGUGAACGUUGUAUCUUUCACACAUCGUUAUGCUUCUAUUGGGAAAGUUAACAAAGAUUAUGUAACUGGAGAACAUUUCACGACAUUCAACCAAUAUCCUCAUGCACAUGUCUACGAGUAUUCUAAAUUAUGCCUUCUACUUUUCUCAUAUGAAUUGCAUAGACAGCUUCGCCUCAAAGAUGAUUCACACCAUGUCUCUGUUAUAGCUGCAGAUCCUGGAUUUGUGAAAACAAAUCUAAUGCGAGAGUAUCCUAAAUAUGUAUCUGCUUUUGCGUUUCUUUGUUUCAAAACUAUUGGCCUCCUCCAAACCCCUGAUGAAGGAGCUCGAUCUUCUCUUGAUGCAGCUUUAGCUAAGGGAUUACGGCAAACAAUGGUUUGGGAUUUGCAGCUUCUAGGUUUUCCACUCGCGCUACGCGCGAGUCUGUGUUAA